UGUCAGUGUAUAUAUAGUUUUUUUCCAAAGAGAGUACAGUUCAGUUUACAAACUAGUGUUUUUUUCAAAGACAGAAAUUAUGGCUCAUAAAGUCAGUCAAAUCUACAUUUCUCAUCAAACAGGAGCAACAUAGAGUGUUUUCCUUCCUCUGCAGUAGCAAUUAAAUGUAAUUCUUCGCAGACUUCUGCAUAACGCAUCGACCGCACCGCUGGCUAAUCACUGAGGGCGCUGCGAAAAAUGAAGGUAUUUCGCGUCACUGUGCCGUUUCAUCGUUUGUCAUUCCGUUUGGUUUCACCACUUUAUUUGGUCGUUUCAUCAUUUUGCGCGGCCACAUCCUAGCUUCAUGACUUUAUGUGACUGUUGCACCACUCUGUGGUUCGUUGUAUGAUCAAAACUUCAACUUGAAGCAAGUGCCAGGAUAUCUUGUUAGUUGGAAUAUAGAGUUUGACCAAUACGGCAAAUAUGUCCAGAAGCGAGGAUGGAGACGGGGGGAGGUCUCCCCUAAAACCCCCAGCUGGGCUCCAGGAGCUUGAGCCUACUGAAGAUUCAACUGCUGUAAAGAAAGCUGUGAACAGCGGGCAACUCAACCUGUCAAAUCAAGGACUUACAGCAGUCCCAGAGAGCGUUUGGCGCGUAAACAUUGACAUACCAGAGGAGGCCAAGACAGUGUCUGAGGACGACAUAGAGGUCGGCUGGUGGAAGCAGACGGACCUCGUCAAACUCAUCUUGGCUUACAACAAGCUCGAGGAGCUGCCCAACGAAAUAAAGCAACUACCGGCACUCACUGUGGUGGAUGUUCACCGGAACGUAUUAACCUCACUCCCACCAGCAAUUGGCGAGUUGGAAAACCUGCAGAAGCUUAACGUCGGUCACAACAAACUGACAACCUUCCCUCCGGAGAUGUUCCAGCUUGGUCGUUUGAUGUCCUUAAACGUCGAGCACAACGACCUGACUGAGCUGCCCGAAGGCAUUGGGGAGUUCACUCGCCUCGAAGAACUGAAUCUUUCCCACAACAAACUGACCACCCUGCCUUACACAGUUGGACAUCUGGCCAAGCUGAAAACUCUAGAUGUAUCAAACAACCAGAUCACAUCCCUGCCUUCUUCCAUGGGUAUGCUCAAAGCUGUGAAGAUCUUGGAUGCUUCCUACAACAAACUCCCCGAGGUCCCAACAGAGGUUGGCGACAUGCAGUCGCUGGAGCAGCUUUACCUGCAGCACAACGCGCUGUCUGUUCUGCCUCUCCUCCCAGGGUGCAGCAGCCUCAAGGAGCUGCAUGUUGGCCAAAAUCGCAUCACGGUCUUGCCCCCUGACCACUUGGACCACCUGACUUCGGUCACCGUGCUGUCCAUGGGCGGCAACAAGCUGACCCAAGUCCCGGAGGAGAUUGUCAACUUGCAGGGGCUGCAACGUCUGGAUCUAGCCAACAACGACCUAACAGCUGUGCCCUACAGAAUUGGUACCCUGACUUUUCUUGAGACGCUCUCCUUGACUGGAAAUCUCAUGCGAGGAAUGUGGAAGGAUGUCCUUAGGCGAGGCACCCCCGGCAUUCUGGAGUUUCUCCGGAGCCGCAUCAGGGAGGAUCCAUCGGCGAAGGAUGCCACCGACAGCAUCGCUGUAUUGCCGUCGGCACCAGCAACGCCUCCAUCCAGCGCUGCAGGAGCGGUUGCUGCAGAGUACAGGUCCUUGGACUACAGCAACAAGAAAGCAACCGAAGUACCAGUGACCCUGUGGGAAACUGCUCAGGAGGCUGGGGUCACCACCAUCAACUUCAGCAACAAUGUGCUUACAGAAGUCCCCUCAAAAAUCCUCCUUCUCGCCAAGACUGUGACAGAGCUGAAUCUUGCCUUCAACAAGCUGACGUCAGUGCCCGUGGAGCUCCACAUUAUGGAGAACCUGAUCCGUCUAGACCUCAGUAACAACGCAAUCAGCACCCUUCCCUCCGGGUGGUACACCUUUGUCAAGCUGCGAGAGAUCGGCCUGGCCUGCAACCAGCUCAAGGAGGUACCGGCCGUGGUCUACCAGUGGGCCAAUCUGCAGAACCUCCUGCUGGCCUAUAAUCAGAUCGGGGCCAUCGACGUGGCCGGCCUGCUCAGGCUGCCCAAGCUCACCCGCCUGGACCUGCAGUUUAACAACAUCAGGCAGGUGCCACCGGAGCUGGGCAACGUCCAAACUCUGAAGUCCCUCCAGCUCGGAGGCAAUCCUUUUAAGAACCCAAGGCCGGCCAUUUUAACCAAGGGAACAUCAGCCCUUUUGGCUUACCUGAGAGACAGAAUCCCAACAUGAAGAUCUCCCAGCAAAGUCGACUGGCAUCGCAACCCUACCACCUGCUGGCUUCAUGAUGGAUAGUGGUAUUGAAGACGACAGGCAUGGCAAAAAGAGUGCACCAGUUGGUUUGAUCGGAGAAAUUCUGAAAUUGUUUAAUUUCCAGGCACAUCAUCUUUGCUAAAGUCUGGGGAAACAUUCUGUCGUCUGACUCAGCCCAGCUGGUAAGCUGCAGCCUCUAUUGUGCUUGUUCUUGCACAACGGCUUCCAGCAGGGUGACAGUGCUGCACGUUUGCAACGGAGUACCACUGAAACUUUGCCAUCAACUUGCAUUGAAUGUAUCAUGCAGUUGAUGUUUGAUGGAAAACAGGACAACACAAAGAGAAGCAGAAACUCUCUCAGAAAGUGGAUAUGAACUGUAAAGCACGGGCACCACUCUUCUACCCUUUGGUUAUGCAAACGUGCAGUUGGGAACUGUACGUAAUCGGGACAAGCAAUCCAUAAGGCGACAUAUUUGUGACCUACCAUCCCAAAACCAGGCAGAAGUAGGUAACAUCAUAACCCUAAAAUAGUGGAACUUCCACUCUUUUUUUUUUUCAAUGGAAGUUUUACAGCUAUUACUACCCAUAAGAAGCUUUCUGCAGACAGAAUUUCGGAUCACUUUGAAGUGUUAAAAAAAGCUGAAGGAGAUGAAUUGUCCAACAUCACAGAUACCGACUUCAGCCUGGCUUUUGGAUGGUGGGUCACAUUUUCUGGUAACAUCUACAUUGGAAGCCUUCACAGUACAUCCCAUUAGAAACCCAAAAUAUCACACUUGCUUAAUUAACAAUAUAAAUAUUCACCACAAGAAUGAAUGAAUCUGUACAUUAGAAACCCAAAAUAUCACACUUGCUUAAUUAACAAUAUAUAUAUUCACCACGAGAAUGAAUGAAUCUGUGGUUUCAGUCUAAGAUUUGACAAUCCCCAAUGCAAUAUGAAUGACAUGUCUGAAAUAACUCUUUGAUUUGUACAUAGAGGUGCUAGGUAUACAAAACUUAAAACACUGACAUUUUAGAAAAGUAGAAACUAUAUUUUUUUUAUGCCUAAGGCAUUUGGAGUAACACAACUUGCUUGUAUAUUGCCAUGGUUACAGCAAACCCCUUGCUGCCAUUAUUAUGAUAAUAAUUUUAACAAGCAGAAAGUAGGGUGUGUGAUUGGUUAAAUCAUUUCAGCCUAGUGAUUGUUGUUACUUUAUGGGUACCAGGGUGUGGCAGACAAUUGGGUCACCAGUUAUGGGACAUUUUCACGUUUUUUUUCUGAGUUGUUGCAUUGAGGAACAUUGAAAUUGAAACGGCACUCAGAGUAAAGUUACUCAUGUGCCUGCGAUGUUGGCAGGCCCUCACCGCACUAUGUUAGGCAAAUUAGGGCCCAAGUUAUGAGAACAUUUCUCUGUCCUCACAACGUUUUUGGUCCCAAUAGAAUUGGUGUGCUGGCGAGUAUGUCUCCACAACUACGGAAAAGUUCAAUUUGCUCGACUUCAUGUUGUUUUGGCGACGUUAUUUCCCAACAAGAUUAUAUUAAUAUGUUUUAAGAUAAGUUUUAAGACCAAAAAUCAUCUCCAUCUGAUGAGCAUUCAAUGUCAUAAUGAAAAAUGAGAAGGUCAAAAGUUCAACGACCUGUAGCUUACAAACCAUGUGAUCCAAAAUACGAAUGGCAACCCUGAACUGGGAAUGGCCUUAUUUUGCUGUGUCAAGCAACGUAACAAGCAAAACGGUGGGAACGAGGUUAAACCCGAGCAAACUCGCGUAAGCUGAUCAAAUGCACCCAGAAUUUGGGUUUGAGGGUUUUCUCAAAUGACCAACCAAUCCCAGCUGAUUUCAAGAAAAUCUCUGAGGAUGACAUCUGACAGUGUUUGAUUUGACACGGAAUGACCCAAUCUGAAAAUAGGAUCAUCUUCCAAAAAAAACAUUGAGAACGUGUAAUAAACUGUUUGUGCAGUGAUAAAUUUGACUUCAUAAAUUUUCAGUUUUGCUUCUGAAAACAAGCUGAAGACAAAGAAGACGUAAGACUUGUGAUGUAAAGUUGUGUAUGAAAUAUCGCAUGUAAUCUUGAAAACCAAAUUGCCAGCCCUACUUGCCUUGUGGAAACUAAUUGCAGACAAGAAAAUAAAAAAGACUUCAAACUUUUCAUGUAAA